AUGACAUCUUCGAUUUUCUGUUAUGUGUGUUAUGUCGAGCGUUGUCGUGGAAGACGCCCUCCUCGGGGUGUUUGCCCGAUUUGGCUUGUGUUGGCUGGUCUUCUUCCCUAUAGGAACCGCACGGCUCGAUGUAAGUUGUACUCGUUUGAUGCCCAACUCUCAUUAUCAGUAAACAAUCCUGUGGAAAUUUCUUCCGAUACAGGAAGAGAAGCAGAGACCUACAGAUGGAUAAACAAGUGUAUCGCUCAUGAUCCACGCAUCUCUCUCAUCAAUCAAAGUCAGUCGCGAGGCUACGUGGUGCGUCCUCAAUGGGCGGAUAGGAGGGCUAGUCGCGGACCAAAAGCGACAUUGUGCCUGAACUGA